AUGCGGCGUCAAUUCGCACUACCUCUGGCUCUUCUAUUUAUAGCACUUGGAGUUUCUUCCAACGCACAAACGGAGGGGCCGACGCCGGUGGCCGCGCCGACGAGCGCUAUUCCUGCAGCGCCCGAAGCAGUUCACCCCGUGGUGAUGUACGACGUGGGCCGCACUUUCACCCUCAACUGCAGUGUUGCCUCUACGCCCGGCGUCGCUAUUGUGUGGAAAAAGAACGAUACGGCUGUGGAGAGUCUGUGGGAUCUACGCGGUCGCUAUACUCUCGACAGAGAAGGUACAGUGUUUAAGUUGUCGUCGCGCACCACGGAGGACGACUUCGGCAACUACACGUGCUCGCUCGGCGAUAACAGCGAGACCUGGGAAGUCCGGGGCCGUCCCCACGCCAAACUGCAACACAACACGAACGUCGUCGAGAAGCAGAACCUCAAACUCACGUGCAAGCUGACCGGCAAACCUUACCCGGCGGUGACGUGGCUCUUCAACAACGGCACGGAGAACGGCACGGACGUGGCGGUGGCGCUGGGAUCACGCGUGACGCUGCAGACGAGCGCGCAGGGCGUGGCAGGCGCCGAGCUGGUGCUGAAGGACGCCGAGCGCACGGACGCGGGCGAGUACACGUGCGUGCCCGAGGCCGGGCUCAGCGCCGCCACCACGCUGCGUGUCAAGGACCAGUACGCGGCGCUGUGGCCCUUCCUCGGCAUCUGCGCCGAGGUGUUCGUGCUGUGCGCCAUCAUCCUGGUGUACGAGAAGCGCCGCACCAAGCCCGAGCUGGACGACUCUGACACCGACAACCACGACCAGAAGAAGUCGUAA